AUGCCGGUUUCCUCACGAUGUUUUCAAUCACCGUGUUGGCUUAGGCCACUAUUCACACUAACUUUAAUUGUAUAUAGCGGAAGAGUGAAACGACAAAUAGUAUUUGGAUCUCCAGAGUACUUUGCAAAUCCUUGUAACUACACCGCAUCGCCAAAACCCGACUUCUCCAAACCUGGUGUAAGACUCAGCGCAGCUAAAUGUAUAGAACAUUUCUGGGAUAUGAAGCGCCAAGAGCAGAACCAAUUACAACACCUUCACUGCUACACAUGGGAACACAGGAACGACGACGUUGUUUAUGGAGGUGGUAUCGGAGGACGUAACACUAAGCCUGGAGAGUUUCCACAUAUGGGCGCUAUAGGAUGGAGAGCCACUGUCGGAACGUGGAUAUUCAAGUGCGCAAGUUCCUUGAUUAGCUAUAAAUUCCUGCUGACCGCUGCUCACUGCUCUAGAGUACCUGCUCGAGACACCAGUGUGGCCAAUCCUGUCCCAGAAAUCGUAAGACUUGGGGAUAAAAAUAUAGCGGAUGUGUAUACUAACGGCCUUGAUCCAUAUGACGUAAAAAUCAAAAGAAUUGUUAAUCACCCCAACUUUAAUCCGCCGCGGAAAUAUUUUGAUAUUGCCAUUAUAGAGUUAAUGGACGAAGUAAAGUUUUCGAAACUCAUACAACCUGCGUGUCUUUGGACAGCUUUUAAUAUUCAAAAGCUUGGUAAAGAAGCCACUAUCACUGGGUGGGGUGUUACUGAAACAGCUGGUAAAAAAACGUCACCGGAGUUGCAAGCUGUGUUGCUCGACUUCAUAGAUUCAAAACAUUGUGACCAACUCUUAGCUAAAUACAGAAAUAGACAGUGGCGAGGACUAGAUGCGCAUCAGCUGUGUGCUGGGAAACUUGCUGGUGGUGCAGAUGCUUGCAAGGGUGAUUCCGGUGGACCACUCCAAGUAAAAUAUAAAUUAGCGAAGGCCAAUCCGUUGAUACCUAACGGUAUUCAUUAUCUAGUAGGAGUAACAUCUUUUGGAAUAGGCUGCGCUACAGCUAACCACCCCGGAGUGUAUACAAGAAUAGCCAGUUUUGUUGACUGGAUAGAAGACGUAGUGUGGCGAGGACUUUAA